GAAUUACUCGGAAUUCCUGCUUGGGUAAUGGAGCACCCUUCACGCAAUGACGUCAUCGCAGCUCAUUGAACUUCCACAGCAUCAAAUAUCGUCCAGAAUUAUUCUCUACUCCUCAAAUACUUUUAAUUCUCGUUUGACAAGCAUCAGCUAAGAUCUCUCUGUAUGCGGAGUGCAGUUUGUACCCUACCACGUCGGGAAUUUCAGCUGAUGCAUGGGAAAAUUCUAAGCAGAGUGAACUUAAAUUAAUAACAACUGAGCUACAAAGUGUAAGGUUUGAUGCUGGUUGCUCAUUCUCGCAUACUGGUUUACAGUCAUUAUUACUGCGCUUUUUCUCGACUUUUUCCAUUGAGACUUCUGUUCUCAAAAUCUUCUGUUCUAAACGAUACCCGUUCAGUUUCUUUCCAAGCUUCUGCGAUGCCACUUGUGUGCGAUCUCCGUUAAGCCGGAUUCCCCGAACUGCCAGCUGGAAAAUCCGUGACCAGAAACAGUAACCGCCACUCGGAUUGGAUUAUUACCUGACGACCGGCAGUGGAUCCCGCACCAUGCCCACCAUCGAGCACAAGUUAAACAUCACCGAGGAGGAGGUGCCGGAGCACAUCCGGCGACUUGCCCAGGAGCAGGGCGAAUGUCCCAGUUCCAAGGAUAAGGUCAUCGAACAAUUCCGUAACUACAUAUUAGAACACAAUGAAUGCCAGCCACAUCGAAAUGAUGCGAGGUACCUGGAGAAAUUCCUACGAGCCCGCUACUGGAAAAUCGAGAACAGUUACAAAUUGCUCUGCAGUUACUACAAGUUUCGGGAGCAGAACAAAAGCUUUUAUGAGAAGGUCCGUCCUCUGGAUCUGCGACAUGUGGGACAAUCGGACAUCCUGACAGUAACUCCCUAUCGCGAUCAACAUGGCCACAGGAUACUCAUCUACCGAUUUGGACUGUGGCGACCCAAUCGAGUAACCGUAGACGAUAUAUUCCGCGCCACCAUUAUCCUGCAGGAACUGGGCAGCUUGGAACCCAUCUCACAGAUCGUCGGAGGAGUGGGAAUAUUCGAUCUGAAGGAUCUGGGCUUAGAACACAUACUUCAUCUGAGUCCCAGUGUGGCUCAGAAGAUGAUUGCUCUGCUAGUGACGUCAAUGCCCAUUAGAACAUCCGCCCUCCAUAUUGUAAACCAGAAUUGGCUCUUCAACGCGGCAUUCAAGAUAUUUAAGCCAUUUCUCAAUGCCGCCAUGCGAGAAAGGCUCUACAUACAUGGCAGUGAUAUGACUUCCCUGCACAAACACAUCAACCCGGAACAUCUUCCCAAGCGCUAUGGUGGCUUGCACGAGGAUUACUCUUAUACGCUCUGGUUGGAUAUGCUCAAGGAGCAGUGUUCGGGUAAUAGUAUCCAAAAGGAUAUGGAGCAAUUGGGAUUCAUCUUCGACCAGGCUUAAUGCUUUGUUCAAAAUGAUAUGCUAUGCUGCACUAGGCACUAAUGGUCUCUCAGUUGACUUUUCAAAAUAUUAAAGGGAAAGCAGAAUAUCUUAUUUGUAAUUUUGUACUACUUAACUGUAAUGUAGUGAUUCAAGCGAAGGAGGU